UUGACAGAUAAAAUAACAAAUUCUCACAUUAAUCAAAACAAAAUCACACUAAUUUCCAAAUUCGUUUCGUAUUUUGAUUGAAAACCGUUGUGAAAAUGUCUCUGUAUUGUAGCUACAAAGAUUGCGAUAAUAAGCAUCGUUCAUUUACGAGUAAAACAUUCUUCAAUUUGCCGAAUGAUGAGCGCCGUGAUAUUUGGAUAAAAAAUUCGGGAAAUGAACGACUUAAAGAUGUGCCCUCUUCCAGUCGACGGGUAUUUUGUGAAGAUCAUUUCGAUCCGAAAUAUUUGCGACGUCAAUUUAAUCGAGCAUUGCUGCGGAAAGAAGCCAUACCUUAUCCGUAUGGAUCUGCUCCCCCAACUCAGGAACCAGAUUCCGUAGAGAUUGAGUACAUUGAAAUGGGCGAAAGUGAAGAAGAGGAACAGGAACAGGAACAGGAACAGGAACAAAGCCAAACAGAAUCAAUUAAAUCAUCGGACGAAGUAGUUGUUUUGUUAAACCAAAUGGUAAAGUUUCGAGAGAGGACUCAACUUCAGUUCAAACAAAGUCCAAAGAAAAGAACGAUAGAAAAUGACGCAAAUACCAAACCAGAAGAAAAAGAAGCAGAAAAGAUGAUCUUAAACGAUUUAAAACGAAAACCGAUAGAAAACUUGUUGCAAAGUCUUGAAGAUGCAGACGAUGAAAUUAAUUAUAUCUUAUUAGAAGAUAAAAGUCAAGAUUCAAUUGAACCGGAGGAUAAUGAACCGAACACAAGUAAAAAGAUACGUAUUGAAAUUGAACAAAAUCAAUCGAAUGGGAUUAGUCAAGAGGAGAAAGUCGAUAAAAUUGUACAAAAAUCAGGGACGCCAAUUAAACCGGCUGUAAUUGUGGCGAGAAAUAAUGUCGAUGGAGUUGUAUCGUCAAGUGAAACAGUUGAUCGUAAUAAUGAAGAGACUUAUUUUGCAUUAUCAUUGGUUGGUAUUUUAAAGCGAUUACCACCCCAUAAGAGAGCCAUUGCAAAAUGCCACAUUUUAAGCUACUUGACUGAACUUGAAUACGGCUCGAGCUCCCUUCCAUAAAUCAUUUUUAAGAUUGUAAAACAGAAUUUGCAUUGUAAGAAGACAUUUGAAUAAAAGUCAUUCAUAAAUUUA